AUGCCUAUACGUAAAAGUAAUACUUACUUAUCUUUAGUAAAUAGCUAUCUUAUUGAUAGUCCACAACCUAGUUCUAUCAACUAUUGAUGAAAUGUUGGUUCUUUAUUAGGUUUAUGUUUAGUUAUUCAAAUUGCUAGUGGUAUUUUCCUAGCUAUGCACUAUUCAUCUAAUAUUGAAUUAGCCUUUAACUCUGUUGAACACAUCAUGCGUGAUGUUAAUGCUGGUUGAUUAAUUCGUUAUAUCCAUGCUAAUGGAGCUAGUUUCUUCUUUAUCUGUAUGUAUUUACAUAUUGGUAAAGCUUUAUACUAUGGUAGUUAUAAAAGUCCUAGAGUAAUGUUAUGAGUUAUUGGUGUUAUUAUCUUUGUUGUUACUAUGGCAACUGCUUUUAUGGGUUAUUGCUUGGUUUACGGACAAAUGUCUCACUGAGGUGCAACUGUAAUUACUAACUUAUUAUCUGCUAUACCAUUCAUUGGUAAAGAUAUUGUUCCGUUUAUUUGAGGAGGUUUCAGUGUAAGUAACCCUACAAUUCAAAGAUUCUUUGCUCUUCACUUCUUAUUACCAUUCAUUUUAGCUGCUUUAGUAUGUAUGCAUUUAAUGGCAUUACAUGUUAAUGGUUCAUCUAACCCAUUAGGUAUUACAGGUAACGUUGAUAGAUUACCAAUGCAUCCUUACUUUAUUUUUAAAGAUUUAGUAACUGUAUUUGUAUUCUUAUUAGUAUUUAGUUUAUUUGUAUUCUAUUCUCCAAAUACAUUAGGUCACCCUGAUAACUAUAUUCCUGGUAACCCUUUAGUUACUCCUCCUUCUAUUGUUCCAGAGUGAUAUCUAUUACCUUUCUAUGCUAUUUUACGUAGUAUUCCUGAUAAAUUAGGUGGUGUUAUAGCUAUGUUUGGAGCUAUUUUAAUUUUACUUACUUUACCUUAUACAGAUAGAUCUUUUAUUCGUGGUAAUAGUUUUAAAGUAUUAUCUAAAUUUAUGUUCUUCUUAUUCUUAUUUAACUUUAUCUUAUUAGGUAACUUAGGUCAAUUACAUGUUGAAGUUCCUUAUAUUGAAUUAGGUCAAUAUGCUACUGCUUUCUAUUUUGCUUACUAUUUAUUAAUUGUUCCUGCUAUUUCUUCAGCUGAAAACAUUUUAUACUAUAUUGGUACAAAGAAAUAA